AUGUCGUCAACACCAGCCCCUUCGUCCGACGCAGCACCAUCAGCGCGCGUUCAAUCAGCAAGUAAUAAACCUAAAGAAGAAUCAUCUACAGAAAAUAGAAACGCGGCUACAACCGCACAGUCGUCAUCUCGUCCUCCAUCGGCAAUUAAACAAUCAGUAACAGGCGAAAAUCGACCAGCAUCUGCAGCUAAAGGUGAUUCUACUGCUAUACCAGCUCUUGAUCCACUCGCUGCCGCUGUUGCAGCAGCAUCUGCAAGGCCACAAUCAGCAACUAAAAACACAGACGGACCAGCUUCAAACGAUGCUAGCAAUGCAGUAACAAGCAAACGACCAGCAUCUGCAAGCGCUGCUGCUGCUGCACCCGGCUCGCGACCACCAUCGGCAGCUAAAAAAUCUGAAGAUUCAGCUGCUAGUAAUAUUGCUUCUGCUCCGCCAGGUUCACGACCACCAUCCGCAAGUGUAGGUGCUGCUGCAGCAGGUUCACGACCACCAUCCGCAAGUGUAGGUGCUGCUGCAGCGGGUUCACGACCAUCAUCAGCAAUUAAAAAAACAGAUGAUGUAACUGCUACCUAUACUAUUGUCGAGCAAGACGCUACUUUGCCUAAAAUUGAUCCUAGCGAUCCUAGUAUUACACAACCGAUCAUAGGACGGCCGCCAGGAGCUGCUAAAAACGUAGGCAGUGGAGACGCUAGCGCUACUCUCGCUCGGUCAGUUCCACUUAAUAGUUUACCACAAGGCACACCAUCAUCGGAUGCUAAUCCUUCAGCUACUGCAUUACCUAAGCCAUAA